GGGCCGCCGCCCGAGGGGAAGCAGUCCCAGCGCAACGCGGCCAACGCGCGGGAGCGGGCGCGGAUGCGGGUGCUGAGCAAGGCGUUCUCCCGGCUGAAGACGAGCCUGCCCUGGGUGCCGCCCGACACCAAGCUCUCCAAGCUGGACACGCUGCGCCUGGCGUCCAGCUACAUCGCCCACCUCCGGCAGCUGCUGCAGGAGGACCGCUACGAGAACGGCUACGUGCAUCCCGUCAACCUGACUUGGCCAUUUGUGGUUUCAGGAAGACCUGACUCUGACACCAAAGAAGUUUCUACUGCCAGCAGAUUAUGUGGAACUACUGCAUAGUCAGACUAAAUUGAGGAUUUCUUGUUGUUGAUCUUUUUUUUUUAAAUGGGUUGGAUAUUUUGAAGAGCUGUGCUUUAUGAGCUCAGGACUAGAAGAUGGGGCAAACCCCUAUCUCUAACAGUGUUAAAUCUGCAUCCCCCAUCAUUCUUUCCCCUUAGGGUUCUGAGGGCAGAUUAUUUAAAGCAGUAAAGAAUGGAGGUGGUUGAAAUUAGAGGCUUUAUGAACUGACUGCAGCAGCUGAAGUCUAAGACUUGGCUUCAUCAUUCUUACCACUGCCUGAGGACCUGCUGUUCUGAGGCUUUUAAACUAAUGGAAGAGGAAUAUAAGGAUAUAGAAUUAACAGCAUGGACCAAAAUACAAUUCUACAAACUAACCCCAAAGUGUUAUUUGUAUUGUAAAGCAAAACAGUAUUUUAAAGUAGCUUUGAAAGUCAGAUAGAUUUAUAAUAUAUUUUGAUGGCUUUUGUAUUCAUGGGUCUGGUUUACUGCAACUAUGCAAUUAGUAAUACUUUUUUUUUUUUUUGUCUCUUUGAUCAGUGUUUUUUUAAAAAUGUGUAAAUUGACACAUUCUGCUACGACCCAUUGGAAUUAAAGUAAUUCAUUUGGUUAUGUAUUGAAAUGGCACAUGUAAGAAUGUGGGACUGUCCCUAGAAAUGUGGUGGAGUUUCUGUGCCUUAAUCUGGGAGGGAAUUCUGCUUACUGUAAGGCCAGGGUGCAUGUGUUGUAAAGAAUGUGUUUGUAUGAUGCUGCAAAAUAACAAGAAUUCACAGUGUUUUAAAUAUUUUUCCUGUACUGUUAUGCUUAUCAUUGAGAAGUUUACUCUCAAGUGAGUUAGUGUGUCUUUUCCUUACAGAUUCAAACGUUGUAAUAAAAGAGGAUGCCAUCAAAUAUGUUGCAAAUGUAAAUAACUCUAUUUUUUUAUAAAUGACAUUAAAAUUCUUGGUUACAAUGACUUACUGGUACUGUGAUAGU